AUGGUUUUCACCCCUUUGACCGAAUUACCUCGCGAUUGCUGGCUUCAGAUACUGGAGUAUCUGCCACAGCGAGACUUGAAUACUGUGUCACGAAUUUCUCGUGAUCUUCAUGUCUCGGCUGAGCCUUUUCUGUAUCGCUCAAUGCAUUGGGAUUGGAAAUUUCCCCCUCUUGAAAAGAUUCUAUUGCUCCUGCGGAGUAUUUCGGAACGACCAGAGCUCGCGGAUUAUAUCUGGCACGUCAGCAUGGUAUGGUGGGAUGCUGAUUCUGCUGGGGAUGAAAUUUGCGUCCCUAAAGCCAGGGUUGACUGGACUAAGGCAAGCCUUAGAUUUAGACCUACUGCGAGAUGGGCCCGCAAGCUUGUUCGAGACGCAAGUUUUUCCACUGAACUUCAGGAUACAUGGUUCAAGCGACUAUCUCCUUCGGCUAGACUUUUCUUUUGUGAUGGAACAGGGUCUUCCUGGGACAAUGUUGCUUCAUUCUCUCUUCGGCAAUCCACCCCCGGUGCAUUGACCAGCUUCUCAAAACUGGAGAUGGUCGACUAUGGAAGCAAUUUGCCUCUCAUGGCAUUAGACGAGACUGUUGACUUCGGAGACAAUCAUCAAUUCGUGCCCUGGUUCCACCUUCCUGCUUUGAAGGUUCUCGAGAUAUGGCUCCAGAGUGUCGAGGGGGUUUGUGUUUUCCCUGAGCAAGAGGCUGAGAUGUCCUUGAAUUUGUCGAAUCUUCGGAGCCUCGUACUUGCCAGAUCCUCCGUUCUGCCUGAGCAUCUCGCCAUGCUACUGUCUCAGGUGCCGCUCCUGGAGUCUUUACAUGUGGGCACGGCCUUCAAAUGCUUGGCAACAACUAAUUUGCUCGUGGAGCCAGAGCUACUUCUUCGCUCCCUCGAAACUUCAUGCCGUACACUGAAACAUCUUUCUAUCAGCCUGGAGCUUCUCCCUUGUUGCUGGGAAAACUUCCAUCUGCGUGUUGAGGAUGGAGUAAACAAUGCACCAUUCUAUGGGAUUCUGAGGAAGUUUGAAAAACUUCAAACGCUAUCGUUGCCAAUCAACUUCAUCAUCGGCUGGCAUACAAUGACAUACGACCUUCAAGAUGUGCUACCACCAACACUUGAAGCCCUUGAUCUACGGACUGAUCUCUGGCCAUCGUCAGAUCUCGCUGAAUUUGAAUUCGCCACACUCAAGGCUCUGGAAACACUCAUGAGACUGAGAGAGAUUGGAUAUUACCCAUCUCUCACAACUUUCUCAUACCAGGGCCUCGAUGAAUAUUUUGACGAUGAGAUGAAUGAAGUGGGACUCCAUCCUAGCUUCGACUUGGUGGUGAAGAGGGAAGCACUGCUGCUGUAUUGUCAGAGGAAAGGAUUCGAGAUGUAUUCUCGAUACUCUGAUUGGACGCCUGCUUUCAUGACUAGGAAGGUGGAGUGGGUCAACAAUGUCGUUGCACGGUUCCCUUGGCCGUUUGUUCAAAUCGAUGGACUUCCCGCACGCAUGCCCCAAUGGCUCAAGUUCAAACCCCGGGAGCUCAAAUGA